AAAUCCUCUUUGAAUGUCACUCGAUUUCAAAACUCAAACCUAGCCCUAACCAUAGCAGUAAGAUCUUACUUACCUCGGUUCAUCGAUGGCGCGAACCAAGCAAACAGCCAGAAAGUCCACCGGCGGAAAGGCUCCACGCAAGCAACUGGCGACAAAGGCUGCCAGGAAGUCGGCUCCGGCGACCGGAGGAGUAAAGAAGCCUCACAGGUUCAGGCCAGGGACGGUGGCUCUGAGGGAGAUAAGGAAGUACCAGAAGAGCACGGAGCUACUGAUUCGGAAGCUGCCGUUCCAGCGACUGGUUCGUGAGAUUGCUCAGGACUUCAAGACGGAUCUGAGGUUCCAGAGCAGCGCUGUGGCGGCUCUGCAGGAGGCCGCAGAGGCCUACUUGGUGGGGCUCUUCGAGGACACCAACUUGUGUGCGAUUCACGCCAAAAGAGUCACUAUUAUGCCCAAAGAUAUUCAGCUGGCCAGGAGGAUUAGAGGCGAGAGGGCUUGAUGUGGUUCUUUGUGAUAUCUUCGGCCCUUGCUUAGUGCGACGUAGUUGUCUUUGGUCUUGUGAUGUGUUGUAGGAGUCCGCGAAUCGAUUCAAUUCUGAGAUUUUCUAAUCUGUCAAAGCCAACAAAAAUCCCCAAGCUAAUGUAUUGACUCUUGAGAUAGCUUAUUGUAAUGCAAAGCUUUUAAGCGUUGAAGGUUGCUUGUGGUUGGUGAGAUGUUCGAGUGGAAAACUAUGAAUAUUGAAUCAAUCACAUGAUUCAUUUUUUUUAGCA